GCGGGACAAAUUUAUGAUCACUUCGAUUUACCUAAUAACAUCCGGACAUAAUCAAUAUAAGAAAUACCGGGAAGAAAAUUCCUUGUUCACCCUGUCAUGCCUAAAAAAUAGAUAAAUAAUCAUCUGAUAAUACAAGAAAACAUCAACUUCUACCCUGUCGACUGCGACCAACCUUAACCAUGGACCAAGGGCCAAGGGCAGUGGCUACUACACCGGGAACGAUACAUGGGUGCCAGAUGGGUGCCAAAUGUAGGCAUGAUCUGACAGCGCAGGGCAAAACUGUUCGAGAUGCAUUCUAUUCACAAUACAGAUUUACAGCACACUCUGAAGUUCCGGUUGGCGAGAUAGACAAGGUUGUGGAGCAAAUCCAGACUUACACUGGAUGUGAAUUUUACACGAGGAAGCACUUUACAAAAUGGAUGCAAGCAAAAAAGAAGAGAGAGAAUGGACUACAGAAUAUUCAGACAUUAGUCAAUGUUUGCAGUGCUUCCGCUUCUCCCAGGCCCAACAUUGAUGAUAUCGAUACAACUGAAUCUGAAUAUGAUUCACCUGAGGAGAAUUCUAAGGAAGUGAAUGCUCAAACUGUACAAGACAGUCUGGAUCUUCCAUUCUCUCCUAUCAGUCAUUGCAACUUUGGAGAGAGACUUCAUUAUACCCAAAUGCCAGCCCAUAGUACAGAAGAAGCUGAAUUUCCAAGUUUCAGGCUUCGGCCAGUGCAUACAUGGUAAUAACCAUCUAUGGUGCUUAUAAGUUGAUAUUGCUUUCUUGUUUUGAUAUUUGAUUUCACCACUCUCAGAGCUUCCCAGUUUAUAUCUUAGUUACCCCAAUGUAACUGUUAUAUGCUCAGUUUUCAACCCCUUAACCAGACUGAUUCAA